CCGGGGGCGAUCGCGUUUGCGGGAGUUUUCCGGCUAAUGGUGGCGGCGCUUUUUCGGGAACCAUCACCGGUUGGGAGUAUCAAAAGGAUUCUGCCAGUGUUCGUCCGUGGAAGCCUGGUCACGGUGCGUCGCCGGCCUAAGGAGAAGUACCGAAAUCGAUGUAAGAAAGGUGAUCAAACAAACAAAGGAAGCAAAUUUGCAAAAGUGAAAGUGCUGCGAGGCAACGAGGAGUCCUUCCGAGAAGUGGCAUUCUUCGGAAACCAUCCCCACGGCCGGGGAUUGUAGUAGGAGGAAAGAAAAAGGGUUGCGGUCCCGAGUGCGUGCGUGGUGGUGCCCGGGUCACCCCCGGGGUGCGCCUCCAGGGGUGGUGGCCGUCCGUUUCUAGAGUUUUCACUAGUUCCGGUGUGGUGCGUUCGUUCGGUUGGCCGGUUCUUUUCGGGUGGCGGUCCGGUUGCUGUUUGUCUUGUUCCACGUGGCGAUCACGCCCCGAACGGCAGUGCCUAUGUGUGACCAGGGCGGGAAGCGGAAGAAAAAGGAAAAAUUCCAGUACAACAAAUCGAUCAUGGCCGCCACGAGCGUGGUGGUCCUCGAUCGGGGCAACAACACGACCUGCACCAUCAAUUUGCAUGGGGCUACCGUGGUGUCCUGGCGAGUAAACAAUCAGGAGCAACUGUUUGUCAGCAAACUGGCCGUUUUCGACGGGAAAAAGGCGAUCCGCGGUGGCAUUCCAUUCGUUUUUCCACAAUUUGGCCCGUGGAACUUUGGGCCCCAGCAUGGGUUUGCGCGCGUCGUCCGGUGGACACUCGAACGGGCGCCGGAACGGUUGCCAAGCGGUGACGUCGAAGCCGUCUUUAGUCUGAUGGACAACGAAAUUACCCGGUCGAUGUGGAACUAUUCCUUUCGCAUCACCUAUCGACUAAUCCUGCGCGAGAAGGAACUACACUUUCACAUCGGUGUCUACAACCCGAGUAAAGAGAUGACCUUCUCCUUUAACCUGCUGCUGCACACCUACCUGAAGGUGCCGGACGUGCGCCGAUGUCAAAUUACGGGACUCCACGGUUGUACAUUUAUCGAUAAGACACGGGACGGUGCAAUCUACCAGGAGGGCCGCGAUGCGGUGACAAUCAACGAGUGGACGGACCGGAUCUACCAGCACACACCCCAGGAGCACAUCAUCACGAACGUGGUGUCAGGGCGGAAGAUGCGCCUCCAGAAGUACAACUUUCCCGACACCGUCGUGUGGAACCCGUGGAUGGAGAAGGCGCGCGAGUGCCAGGACUUUGGCGACGACGAGUACCCGAACAUGAUCUGCGUUGAGGCGGGUCACGUGUCAACGCCGGUUAUUCUACUGCCAGGCACCGCGUUCGAGGCGUCGCAAAUACUUCAGGUCAUGUACGAUAAAGCGUCGCCACAGUUUACCUAG